AUGGAUUUAAGCUAUAUCAUUGAUCAAGACAUCGAAAAACUCAGCAAACUUGAAGAGCUUGGCUGCGACUUAGACGCUUUAUUACUCAUUGCCAAAGACUCCCUUUCUCUAUGUGAUGAGCUUGGACUGAACUCUAAGCAGUCAGCUGAAUUUUUGGUGCGUUUAAAAAGGGUUUACGAUCAAAACCAAGGAAUAAUGCCAGAACCUGAUUUAAUCUUAUAUGAAAACAGCAAAAACCAAGCAAGCAGACUUAGCGUUGAAAACAAGGUCACAGGAAACACAAUUUUCUUUAGAUUGGAAAACCCACAAAAAGAAACAUUUAUUUGCGAUGUAUGCAACGAAGGGGGAUUAAUAAAAACUCAGGCAAAAACCCACGUCUCUGAAAAGCAUAAUACAAGUUAA